AUGGCUAUGCCUCGUAUCAGACGAGACGGGCCGGGCUCAGGCGUUAGCGUCCGUCGUCAGUUGUUCGCUCUCAUUAUAGCACCAAUGGAUUGUGCAGCUCAUGUCCUGACCCUGCUGACCGGUGGCGGUGAUUUGGUGGCGCUGCCGCAACGCAAAAUGGGGUGUGGGGACGGGCUGCCGAGAUGUGUUCUUUUCAUGGCCAACACGUCCGUGCAGUUGAAGGGAGGGGGGUUUGUAAUUCAUUGCAUUCAGCUGUUGGGGCGGGUUGCAUGUGGCACUGAGGUGAUGCCACGUUUGACCCUGUACUCAUCCGUUGUCUCUUUGAUUGGGUGA